UCGGAACCUGAGGCUUCGCGGCGGCGCGGGCGCACAGACGGACUUACCUAGCAGACAAGGCACCGGGGCGCGCGACCCCUGACGAGGAGUGUUGUCACGUGACACAGGGGCGUGCUUUUCUUGCCUAGCGCGCUCCGGUGCGCGUCCCCAGGGGGCGGCUGUGGGCCCUACGUGCCAGCUGGGUCCUCAGACCAGAGGCCGGACUAGCCGGUGGUUGCCGGGGCCACGAGGCCAGAGAACGAGGAGGGCGGGGUCGGCUGUGGGACCGCGGCGAAGACACACCGAGCGAGCGCCGGGGCCUGAGGGCAGCGAUGCUGUGGUUCCAGGGCGCCAUCCCGGCGGCCAUCGCGUCUGCUAAGAGGAGCGGCGCGGUCUUCGUGGUGUUCGUGGCAGGGGAUGAUGAGCAGUCUACACAGAUGGCAGCAAGCUGGGAAGAUGAGAAAGUGACUGAAGCAUCAUCCAACAACUUUGUUGCUAUUAAAAUUGAUACUAAGAGUGAAGCUUGUCUGCAGUUUUCACAAAUUUAUCCUGUAGUAUGUGUUCCAUCCAGUUUCUUUAUAGGAGACAGUGGCAUCCCUUUGGAAGUAAUAGCAGGGAGUGUUUCUGCAGAUGAACUUGUUACAAGAAUUCACAAAGUCCAACAGAUGCACUCAUCAAAAGGUGAAACAUCAGUGACAACAAAUGACAACCAGUCAGAAAGUUCAGUAUCUACCCCAUCCGCCUCAUUUGAACCUGACGUAUGUGAAAGUGCUGAGUCCAGAAAUACAGAGCUUUGUGAGACACCAGCUACUUCUGACACAAAGUCAGAUAAUGCAACAGGAGGAGAAUACGCAAGUCAUGACAGCCUCUCUCAGGAGCCUCGUAGAUGUUCAGACCAGAGACCAGCAGAGGACCUCACCGUCAGAGUGGAAAGCAGACUAACAAAAAAACUUGAAGAAAGGAGAGAAGAGAAGAGGAAGGAAGAAGCGCAGAGAGAGAUUAAGAAGGAAAUUGAAAGGAGAAAAACUGGCAAGGAAAUGUUGGAUUAUAAAAGAAAACAAGAAGAAGAAUUAACAAAAAGAAUGUUAGAAGAAAGAAGCAGAGAAAAGGCAGAAGAUAGAGCAGCCCGAGAGCGCAUCAAGCAGCAGAUUGCACUGGAUCGUGCAGAAAGAGCUGCUCGUUUUGCAAAGACAAAGGAAGCAGAGGCUGCCAAAGCUGCUGCCUUGAUGGCCAAACAGGCAGAAGCGGAAGUCAAGAGGGAGUCUUCUACACGAGAGAGAAGCACCAUUGCAAGAAUUCAGUUCCGGCUGCCAGAUGGUUCUUCGUUUACAAACCAAUUUCCUUCUGAUGCUCCUUUAGAAGAAGCAAGGCAGUUUGCUGCACAGACUGUUGGCAACACCUACGGUAAUUUUUCACUAGCAACCAUGUUCCCCAGAAGAGAGUUCACCAGAGAAGACUACAAGAGGAAGCUGCUGGAUCUGGAGCUCGCCCCCAGCGCCUCUGUGGUGCUGCUGCCAGCAGGACGGCCAGCCACAUCCAUUGUCCACCCUUCUAGUGGAGACAUUUGGACAUUACUGGGGACGGUGCUUUAUCCAUUCCUGGCCAUAUGGAGACUAAUUAGCAAUUUUUUAUUUAGUAGUCCUCCUCCUGCACAGACUUCGGCAAGAGCCACAUCCACAGAGCCUUCAAAUUCUGCAUCAUCCAACAAGUCAGAGAAAAGGGAACCAGUCCGAAAAAGAGUGCUGGAAAAACGAGGGGAAGACUUUAAAAAGGAAGGGAAGAUAUACAGACUGAGGACCCAAGAUGACGGCGAAGACGAGAACAACACCUGGAAUGGGAACUCCACGCAGCAGAUGUAGUGUAGCGAGCAGGGCACGGUCAUCACCGUUUCCUUAGGGUUCCACCCAGCUAGACUGCUGCUGGAGAAGUGGGUCUGCUUUAUGUUUUCAGACUGUGUAUAGUCCUUAUUUCUGCUAAGAGGUUUUCAGUUAAGUUGUUUAACCUGAAAAAGUCAAAACAUGAAAUAGCUGGAUGCUAGGCCGUUGUAUAGGGUAACCAGCUGCUCGGCCUAAAAGAACCCCACGGCAGCCUGCCACCACCAGUUCUGUUCAGACUUCACAGCCCUCUAGCCCAGUAUUUCAUUUAGGAUACUUUUUACUGCAAGAUUCUCAAGUCACACACAAUAAUUGGUAUGUCACUGAGUAGUCUGAGCCCCGAGCACUUCAGCGAGCUAAUCAGGUGAUAACUGAUGUUUAGCGUUUCUCUUUGCACUCAUCAGCCUCAAAAAAAUCUUGUAGUUUUUGAUCUUACUUAAAUAUCAAAUAAAAAAGUUUUCAAAAAACCAGAAUGAUCUUAUUUUUGCUGUAAGCAUCCUUUAUCGUACAGGGCUGUAUUGAGGCCGCUUUUGUGACUUUUUCCUUCCAGUGCUGCCCUGAAGAUGUCAACAAAAUAACUGGCUACCUUUCUUUUAAAAAGUAAAAUUGUGUCCUAGGUUCCUGAUGCAUAUGUUUUACAAUCUGUUCUCAUCAGUGCCAGACAGAUGAGCAUGGCCAGUCUGCAGCUUAGAUGACUCACUCAUACUUGUACUGAAACCUCACCUUCAGCAGCCGCACCUGCUGGACCAGAGUCCAGUGGGGUAGGGCUAGGGUAGAGAGCAAAGACACUUCACCCCACUAUUCCUAAGUUUGGAAGACAGUCUCAGACUUACUGUUCGAAACGUGGGGUGUGUCUUGCUGCUCUGUUAUUAGAAUGGAGAGUCGUCCUGACUGUGAUACAGGAGGAAGAGCUCUUCUCAACUGUGGAGUAAUGAGUGUAAGGUGGUUGUGCUGGCCGGGGGCAGUGUGGCAGCUCGAGCUGGGCCAGCAGAACCUUUCUGAAACCAUGCCUGGGAACUUCAAGUGUUUUAUACUUUGACACAAUAGCUUUUUCUAAGUAGUGACCCUCACUGCAGAAGUUUAGCUGUGAGUAGACCUAAUAUUAGUUAACUGGAAACAACUAAAUUUCUUCUGUGGACGUGGUUUCUGUUGAGAAAUGGUACAUACUAAUCCAGCACUUGCAUGUUUACUGAAUGCCUGCUAUGUUGGUGGAAAGAAGGCAGGAUGCAUAGUUGUAGGCACAGGGUGAAUUCAGCUUUGUAAAUACAUAGUGUGUGUAGAGGACAGUGUGUUGAUGUAUAUGUGAAGGGAAGGACACGGUAAUGAUUGUAUCCCUGGAGUUCUCUUACAGUCUGCUGCAUGGAUCGCAUUAGUUACACUUUAAAGAGAAGUUUUUGUCAGUAAUGGUGGCUCACACUUAAAAUCACAGCACUUGGGAAUCAGAUGCAGGUGGAUCUCUGAGUUUAAGGGCCAGCCUGGUCUACGUAGCAAGUUCAGGCCAGCCAGGGCUACAAGGUAAAAAACAACAACAAAAGUGUGAGUUUUAACAUCUCAUUUAAGAUCCAGUCAUCUAUAAAGGCAGCAAGCUGGGGGUGGCAUCUCAUUCCUGUAUCCAAGUACGUGGGAGGUGGAGGCAGGAGGAUCAAAAGGUCAAGAUUAUCCUCAGGUACAGGUUCAAGUCCAGCCUCAGCUGAAUGAGAUCUGUCUCUACAAUAACAAGGCAAUAUAUGAUUUUUUUAAAAAAUACUUGUCAAGUGGGUAUGAAUCCUGGAAAAACAUUAAGUACCUCAAGUCAACUUGUCUUGAAGAAAAUCAAAUACAAGUCUUAAAAUGUCCAUAAUUCAUGUGUAAGAGGAUCCCGCUUCAAUAUCAUCUCUUUUAAAAAGUACACAAGGGUGAAGAAGCUCCAAAAUAGAAGAAAAUGGUGUCUCUGUCCUUGCAUCUUACCCCACUACCAUUACCCAGAGGUAACCUCUAUUAAUAAUUUCUAAUGUAAUUUUCAGAAAAAUUGUAUGCAUCUAAGCAAAUAUGUAAUCUUUAUUUUUAAAUAAAUGGGAUCAUACUGU